AACUACUACUUCCACUAUAAAACCUCAAACACGGUUCCUCUCUCUAUUUUUCAACGUACUCCUUGCUCUCUCUUUUUCUCUCUCAUCCAUCAUCUCAAAUUCCUUCAUUUUUCCCCAAAUAUUCUAACAAAAUGCUAAGACUAUUGCAAAGAGAAAUGAAGUGGGUAUCGUUCUAUCAACAACAUUCAAGAUUUUCCUCCACCACUUCUUCUACCGGAAGCAGGCUUGAAGGUAAGAUUGCUCUAAUCACUGGUGGUGCAAGAGGGAUUGGUAAGGCAACAGCACAAGAGUUCGUAAAACAAGGAGCCCAUGUCUUAAUUGCUGAUAUAAAUGAUAAAAAUGGGCCAAACGUGGCCUCUGAUUUAGGCCCAAAAGCCCAGUUCAUCAAAUGUGAUGUUAGUAUAGAGGCCCAAGUAGCUGAAGCCGUUGACGCCGUGAUCGAACGUCACGGAAAACUUGACAUCAUGUACAACAACGCAGGCAUAAUAGGGCCAUAUUACCCACCUAGCAUAACCGAUCUUGACUUGGAUGAGUUUGAGCAAGUGAUGCGAGUAAAUGUGAGAGGCACUGUAGCAGGAGUGAAACAUGCGGCUCGGGUGAUGAAACCGGUGGGUUCAGGGUCAAUCCUUUGCACCGCGAGCAUAUGUGGGAUUCUAGGUGGGUUGGGCCCACAUCCAUAUUCCAUAUCAAAAUUUGCGAUACCGGGGUUAGUAAAGUCUUUGGCUAGUGAACUAUGCAAAUACGGGAUUAGGAUUAAUUGUAUAUCACCAAGUACAGUUGCAACUCCUAUGGUGAUUGAAAAUUUUAAACUAAUUUAUCCAAACGCAACGUCAGAAGAAAUUAAGAAAAUUAUUGGUGGAUUAGAAGAAUUUAAAGGGACUCAGUGUGAAGAAAUUGAUAUUGCAAAAGCAGCUUUGUAUUUGGCUUCUGAUGAUGCUAAGUAUGUCACUGGCCAUAAUCUUGCUGUGGAUGGAGGCCUCACUUGUAUUAAAUCUCUUACUUUACCCCCUCGAGAUCAUUUUAUGUAACAUACCAAGUAUUAUACUUCCUCCGAUUUUUAAUACUCGCAACGUUUGUCAUUUUCACGUUGCGUUGUUGCGUAGAGGAUGUGCUCGAUGCAAGUAUUAAAAAUCGGAGGAAGUAUAUGUUAAUUAAUAAGGAGUGGGACACGCACCUUGUCGUAGAGGAUGUGCUCGCUUUUCAACAUUAUUUUCGGUCUUUGUAUUUUUUGCUUUUUUUUUUGGAGAAUGUAAUAAAGAUUUUUCAUCGUCUCACAAAAAUGGGGUAAUAUUGUCAUAAAGGGCACCAAUAAUGUAGUAAAACACAUUGUAUGCAUCA